CUGAAACUUGAACUGCAUUUAAACUACAACUCCCAGAAGUCCCUGCUGACUCCAUUCCGCAUUGUAACUCUAUCUAGCGGCUGAGUGCUGUAAAUCCCCUGCUGAUCUGUGGGUUUUACCGGUAAACAUGGAAGUGACGGCAGCCCGGCGCUCAUUUCUCUGCGACAUCGGUUUCUGGGCAGACCGGACUGCCCUACAUGAGGCAGCGUCCCACGGCCGGGCCCUGCAGCUCAAACAGCUGAUAGAAAGUGGAGCAUCAGUCAACAUGGUGACAGUGGAUAACAUCACUCCUCUUCAUGAAGCCUGCAUACAGGCUCAUCCAAACUGUGCCCGGCUGCUGCUGGAGGCAGGGGCCCAGGUGGAUGUCCGGACCAUCCAUGGUAGCACUCCUCUUUGUAACGCCUGUGCUUCUGGCAGCCUGGGGUGUGUUAAACUUCUGCUGGAGUACGGAGCCAAAGUUAACCCAUCGCUCACAGCCCUUACUGCCUCACCGCUCCAUGAGGCGUGUAUACAAGGUAACGUCGAUAUAGUGAAGUUGAUGAUAGCCAGUGGUGGCCAGUUGGAGGCGUACGAUGUCCACUUUGGUCCACCCCUCCAUGCAGCGUGUGCUAAAGGACAUGUGGACUGUGUCAGGGAGCUGCUACGUGCAGGUGCCAAUGUUAAUUCAGUGAAAUUCCACGAGACAGCUUUGCAUCAUGCAGCUCGAGUGGCCAUGGUGGACCUCAUUGAACUGUUGGCUGAGUUUGGAGCCAACAUUAACGCCAGCGACAACCUUGGACGAAAACCUGUCGACUACACAACACCUGCUUCUCCCUCCUACUCCUGCCUCAGGUUUUAUGAGAGUAAUCCCCUCAGUCUGCAGCAGCUUUGUAGAGUCACUGUGAGGAGGAUGUUCGGUACCAGAGCCUCAGAGCUUAUUAGUCAGCUGGACAUCUCCCAUCGCAUCCACAGCUACCUCCAAUACUCCGAUCAUCCCACAUCACUGCUGAGUGAAACAUAACAGUUUUCUGAGUUGGUAUAAAAUGAUGGUGUUUAACAAUGAACACUUUACCAUUACUGAUGAGUUACGUUGUUGCAAGAAAAGUACAAUGUUUUAUUCAUGUUAUAUGACUCAUGUUUAUUUUGGAUUGUUAUGUAAAACUGCAUGUGUUUUACUACUUUAUUUAUCUGGUAGUUUAUUUGGUAGGGACAGUGCACAUUAAUGAACAUCUGUAUUGAACAACAUCAACUGUAAAUAUGCCGGAUUACAGCGGAAAUGCUCAUUUUUAUACGUAAUCCCUAGGCAGGCAA